AUGGCCUUCAACUUCAACUGGUCGCCUUUAACGGCCGACGCCGAGUUCUACUCGCGUGCCCGAGAUCUGCUCACAAAGGCCCUGAACAAAUCGCCCAAACCCCCCAUCAUCGUCGAUGACAUCCUCGUCAGCGAAUUCAACUUGGGCACCGUCCCACCCGACCUGGAAAUCCUGGAAAUUGGAGACCUUGCAGAGGAUAGAUUUCGAGGCAUUUUUAAAAUGACCUACUCUGGAGACGCCUAUUUGACGCUCAAGACGCGGGUUCAGGCCAAUCCACUCAAUACCUAUCUCUUCUCAAAACCAGAAUUCACCUCUCCACAGCCACUGGCCGCAGCUUCGGGCCUGACGAUCCCCCUCUCAAUUACCCUGUCCGAUAUCAAGCUAUCGGCCUUCAUUAUCCUAGUCUUCUCGAAACAAAAGGGACUGACCCUGGUGUUUCGCAAUGACCCACUCGAGUCUCUCAAGGUCUCUUCGACCUUUGAUUCGAUCCAAUUCGUGCGGGACUACCUGCAGCGGACCAUUGAGCAGCAAUUGCGAAACCUGAUGAUGGACGAGCUGCCAGCGAUUAUUCAUCGUUUGUCUCUGCAAUUGUGGUGUCCUGAUCAGGCCAAUAAGGGCGUGGAAACCCCGAAAGAGGAGACGGACGAGGAGGGGGUGAACCCGCUGUCAAGCCCACCGCUGGACCCUGUCGAUGCCAAUGGCAACCCGCUCGACCCAAGCGCCAUCUCGGAAAUCUCUCUGAAUGGCGGAGGCGAGACACAAUCGCUCUUCUCCCAAAAGAAUCUACUGCGUCUCGCUGCGCUAACCGAUUCUCAUCGGACCCUUUCUCUGUUUACACCCGGUAUACGGGACGUGGUAUUCCGAGCUUGGUCGGGCUGCGCCGAUCGCACUGAUGCUGCCACUCCGUCGGUUUCGUCUCCCAACCGUGUGAGGACAAACUCACAUGCCGGCGUCACAGGCACUACAUAUACAUUCUCCGACACAGGAAGUACCCUGCACGGCUCGAUAUCUUCACGGCCUUCCUUUACUGCCAGCAUUAAUGCCUCCACGGGCUUGGGCGUCGGCAACAAUGUUCGAUCAAGGCAGGGCCGCAAGAAGAAGAACCGUGUGGUUAACCUCAGAAAGACCAAGUCGGAAGCUGUCACUCCAGAGAACCAAUCCGAAGCCGGAUCCAACACACCCGUCUCGAUCAACAUUCCCCUCUCGGAGCCCUUAUUCGAUAACUCAAUACCUGAAGAAGAUGAACUGCCAGAUGAUCCUUUCAUCACCGAUCAUUUCAACCCACAGACGCUCAUGACUGACAUGGGCGAGAACUCACUCACUUUGGAGGAGCUCACAUCCGCCCUGAAGGACUUGAAGAUGCUGGCUGACGCCACGGCCAACAGCCGUAAGGCGACUCCCGAAAAAGGCAGCCCUCGGGAAACCCCAGGUGCCAAGGCUCAGUCAUCGCCUGAUCUUCUAGACCAAGACUGGGUCAUGAAGAUGGCGAGCGAGAUCGCACGCCGCGUCUACGACGAGAAGCGGUCCCAGCAACGGGGCAAGUGGGAUGAGUCUGAGGACGCCCCACCUCCGGCAUACGAGGCAUCGCCCUCGCCUCAGUCCCCAAUCCAUUAA